UUGCUUUUAUUUAGGCUAUAUAUAUAUUUUAAACAGGUUAAAGUCAUAGAGAUUUUUUUGAAAUAGCAUUUCGCACUGGAGCGGUGCGCAAUGCUUUCGCACGCCGACCUCCUGGAUGCUCGCCUCGGUGAGUUAUCGUCGCCAAACUCCGGUCUUCAACUCUACUGUAAGCUGGAGGCACUUCUAAUCUAAAUCAAACAGAGAAAAUUGACAAUUUGUUUCUUAUUGUAUCUUAAUGUCAUUUAAGUGAGCUAAUUCAUUGGAAAAGUAAUUAUUAUUAUAUUACUGCGUAAUUUGAUUUAACCGUUUUCUAAAUUAUUGAUGUGAUCAAAUGGAAUUAAGGAGUAGCCUAGAUUAAACGUUGUAGCCUAUGAUAGUUAUGUGCUUGUUUAAAGGACAUUUAGUGUCUGGUUUUGUCCAUAAUCUAAUGUCCACUUCGAUGGUUUCACCAUGUUUUUAGAGAGCAUUUUGUAAAAUAACAAAAUGUUCAACCAAUUCUCUGCAUGCAUGACAAACUAUUCUUCCCUUGCCAGACUUCGUUAGCUUCAUAAAAGUGUCACUUUCGAUACACUAACUAAACAAUGUAUUUAAAAAAUAUAUCGUACUAAUUUACAUUUUUUCUAUAACACAGGGUAUUGCAUUAGCCUAUACAAAAUAGAUGUAACAUUGCCUUUAAAUUCUGACCGGGUGUUGUCUAUCCAGGGAUGAAGGAUGCCGCGGCAGAGCUUCUGGGUCACAGGGAGGCUCUGAAGUGCAGGCUAGGCGGUGGAGUGGGACCUGACCCCGGCCACUCCGGCGAGCUAGCCCCGGGGCCAGACACCGUGGAGGGGACCACCAUGCUCCCUGGAGACGAUAUCAACAAUGGGGGAUCCAACCCUUCCGGCGUGCAGGCCAACAGUAAAGAGCAACAGGACAAGCAGCAGCAGAAUAACUCCAGCCAGUCCGGAGGAAGUCAGAGUCAGAAACAGAAGCGACACCGGACCCGGUUCACCCCGGCACAACUUAACGAACUGGAGCGCAGCUUCGCCAAAACGCACUACCCAGAUAUCUUCAUGAGGGAGGAACUGGCCCUACGGAUCGGCCUAACGGAAUCUCGCGUUCAGGUAACGGAAUCUCGCGUGCAGGUUUGUUUGUGAUAUGGAUUGGGAAAUGUAUGUCUCAUAGCAAAUGAUUUUGAAGCAAGUAGCCUAUAAUAACACUGUAAGAGUAGUGUACUAAUACUGCGGGAAAUUAUGUGAUGAAAUGUGUAUGUAAUUUGCCCUCUUAACCCAACAAAAUAAUGUAAAUAUUAACCGUCAGUGGGUAUUAUUAUUUCACUUCACGUACACAAUAACAAUAUUUCCUCAAGUAACUAGGCACCACGGCUAAUUGCAAAGUAAACCUUCAUUACAGUCUAAAUUACCACUCUGUGAAAAUAUCCAACUCACAGCUGUUCUCACAGAAGUUCCAAUAUAAUAUAGGCUAAGUAGCUUGCAUCUAAAGAAGAUGAAGUGUUGACUAUUGAAGGAAUUACAAUUUCUUGAUUCUGGGUAAAAAUUUGGCCACUAGAAAUGUAUAAUAACCGAAACUAUUUGCCACUAAUAGGCUAUUCCCUUGGAGCUAAAACGAAGUUUAAUCUUAUAGCGAUAUACUAUAGGAGUAUAGCCUAUAGGCCACGCUUUGUGUUCCUCGAGGCAACCGUCUUUUAUUUCCUUGUGUCAAAAAUAAUAAUAGCUUACACCUAAACCUCGAUUGUAUUUUGUGAGGGCCUUGUUUUUGUUGUUAAACGUAUCAGGAAAUACAAAAUGUAGGCUAGACUAACCUAAAUCCCUGACAAAAACUGCACUGGGCGCGCGAGCUGUCCAUGGUUCUGAAAAUAACGCUCAAGAGCCCGGGUAAUAACGUUCUACAGCGAUUUGCUUGAAACCAGAUGCAAGAAACGUGUCCCAAAAUGAUGUUAUUCAAGACAGAGCUGACAAAACCAGGAUGUUAUGAGAUAAAAUUGUCCAGAAACGAACGGACGCAACUAAUAAAAAUAAAAAUAGAGAUUAAAACAGCUUUUACCUUGUUGCGUCGUUGCUAUUGUUAUCAACGUUCUACAGAUGCCGCAGAAUAUUGAUGUCUGACUGAUGGUUAGGCCUAAUGCUGUCUUUCUGAGCAGGGGCUAGUGGCUGUUUCGUCAAAUUUACGCUAUAGUGGCCUGGAAAUGAGAUGACAUUGCUAACGUAGACAAAUAAUUAGUAGAAAACAACUUUGCCAUCAUUAUAAUGUCGUUAAAUUUACUUUGCUAGCUCAUGGCAACAUUGUCAUCUAUCUAAAGUUCGUCAGAAAUAUCUAGCAAUGCUAACGUUAGCUAGCUAAAAUUUCUUUGCUCUCCCAUUAACAUUAGCUAGCUAGCGUUAUAAUGCAUCUAAAGUCAAUCUGGAGACAUCACAAUGAUGACUUGUCCUACUAAUCCUUUAAAAAUGUAAUCGUGUUUCCCAGCCACAGUUAUGCACUUUAGACGAAAUCUUCAUCAGCACCCAUUGAGACUGCAUUGAGUAGAACGCUCAGCUGGGCAUCAGCCUUAAAACUAAUGUUCAAAACAAGAUUGGGACGAAACGUGCAACCCAUGCCUACAAAGUUGCAUUAAUAAAUCGACUUGGAUAGUUAGUAUAAUUUAAAUUCCAUGAGUGUAAGUCUACAUAAUAUCUGACAAUUACAGAUUGUACGUGGAAAUAUUAAGGACAUCUUAAUGUAGGCCUAGGAAGCCGAUAUAAUUCAUGAAAAUAAAAAUUGCCUAAAUAUGAGUGUAUUUAUUCCUACUCACUGUAUAAAAAGCAACAUUACAUUUUUCAUGCAUACAUUUGACUGAAUUAUUAUGCACGGUAAGCUACACAAAUGAUAAUGUACAUAUGCAAUGAGCCACACAUAAAACUCUCAAUGGGCCAGAUGAAAUGAUACAAGACGUAGGCUAUUUUAUUAGGCAAUGACUUUGGUCCUUAAAAUCUAAUAACGUUUUGUUAAGUUUUCCUAUUGGAGUGGGCCUAUAUUCGUGCGUUCUCAUGCGUAAUGAACAUGGAAUUAUGAUUUUAGCUUUAUUAUACCCUCACAAAUAAACUAUUUUUUACAACAUAAUUACUUCUAUAUCGAUAUUAGGUGAUAGCUGGGCCUAUUUCAAACAACAUGACCAAUGGUAGGCCCUAAUGGUUUAUUUUGUUGCCUUUACAUUCCAUAUGGCUCAGUUGUCAAAAUAGCUCACGAGAUUAAUUCAGUAAUAGCUCGACAUUGCAGUUGGUUUGGGUCGUUCUCUGAUGCAUCGUCGUUCAUUACCACGUAGACCUUCUCACGAUGAUAGUGCAAUGAAACCAAAUCCAUUAUUAUUAACCAAUUUCUGAAUUAUUUAUUGCGAUGAGGGUUUAUUAACCAGCAAUGAAAAAUUCAGAGGAGUCGUUCACAUGUGAAACAGUAACUGCGGUAAUCAUUAUUAUUGCACCGAUGAAUUUGGUUUCAAUAUAUAAUUUACAUAAAAUAAGAAUUAGCGAAAUGACGAGCCCUUUAUAAAGCCUAUAGCCAAUGAUAACAAUAAUAUGAAGCCAGUGGGUAAGAAUAGCCUACAUCUGGGAUGUUUCGAAUGAGAAGGCGCAUGCAGCUUGUGCUGUUCUCUUGUGAAAUGGGCCUGUCAGAGUUUCAAGUCUUAAUGGCGGAAGCGCUGAACGUGUACUCUGUCUUUUAAACAGAAUGAGAAAUUGCAUUUUCUUUCCUUUGAAGUGUAAUGCAUUUGAGGCCUGAUUUCAUGGCUGGCUGCUCUGGGGGAUAGACUGAGAUUGGGCCUCUUAAUACUACGGCCCAGUUUUUCAACCAAAUCUUCACAUUAAUCAUCGGCGUUAACCGGGUUAGGCCUACUAUGAGAUCUAUAUAGAAAGUCUCUCAAGGACCCGCAGAAUAAACACUGGUUGUACCAUUUACAACUGAGGCAUGGGUCACGUUAACGCCUUUAUUUCUGAAAUACUAAUAUUAUUGCUGUUUUGUGUAGGCCAAUAGUCAGUGUUUAUAUCCAUGUUAAACAGCAAAUUAUAUAAGCUAAGUUUGAUAGUACGAAAAAGUUCGAAAAAGGUACUGUAAGUCGCUCUGUAAAAGAGCGUCUGCUAAAUGACUAAAAUGUUAAUUAUAGACUAUUUUAUAAUAUUCUAUAUAAUAAACUGGUUUCGGCUAGCCUAUUUAAAAUUCAUACCAAAAUAAUGGGCUAUAGGCCUCAUAACAGUUACAAUCACAUAUUUCCAGCUGACUGGACCACCUCCUCAUUUUUAUUUUAUGAUAUCCAUGGACUAAUGCAAGCAUGCCACAGACCAUUUACGGACAUGGAUUUGGUGUUAUGUCAUGGAAGCUAUCAAAUCCUUCGUUAUUGCAUGUCAUUUCAUCCGUUAUAUCAUAUCUAGUGUUAUUCAGGGAAUCCGCUGAUAUAAAGAAGAUUUGUAAUGGAGAUAUCUGUGUUAUGGGCGUAAAAGUGAGCGUAUUCAGAAAUGUACAGUAGCCUACUCAUUGUGUCUCACAUUGAUGACACUGUAGCCAGAUUCUAACCCAUCUCUCUCCCUCUCCCUCUCUCUCUUCUCCAGGUUUGGUUCCAGAACCGACGCGCCAAGUGGAAGAAGCGCAAGAAGACCACCAACGUUUUCCGCGCUCCGGGAACGCUGCUGCCCACCCACCACGGCCUGCACAGCCAGUUCAACUCUGCCGCGGCCGCCGCCGCCGCCAUGGGCGACAGCCUGUGCUCCUUCCACGCCAAUGACACCCGCUGGGCCACGGCAGGGAUGCCAGGCGUCUCUCAGCUACAGCUCCCUCCAGCCUGGGUCGCCAGCACCAGCAUGCCAUGGCGCAGUCCUUGUCCCAGUGCAGCCUGUCCGGCCCGCCGCCCAACUCCAUGGGGCUAUCCAACAUGUCGUCGAACGGAUCCGGGCUCCAGUCUCAUCUCUACCAGAACCCGUUCCCCGGGAUGGUCCCGGCCUCCCUGUCCGGUCCCACCAACGUGACGAGCUCUCCCCAGCUGUGUAGCUCCCCGGAAAAUGACGUCUGGAGAGGGACGAGCAUCGCCUCCCUGCGGCGAAAAGCGCUGGAGCACACAGUAUCCAUGAGUUUUACUUAG